AUGUCAGAGAUCUUGCCUUGGAUGGCCUUGACACUUGACCGAGGUGCAGCGUUGUUGGCCAAACAUGGGGUUAAUGAAGGAAAGUUUCUCCUCACCAUUGCAGUGCCAUCUCAACCUGAUGCUACAGGAACAAUGCCUGUGGGCUCAUUGGAUCAGUACCUGGAUUUCUGGAAUUUGAGGGUACGUCUAAGAAGUGACUCGCAUAGGAUGAGUAUCGCUCAUGCUCUCUACGGUAAUGGUAGCCUUCGCAAGUUAUCAGCUUACAAAAGAAAAACAGGUAUACCUCUAUAUGGCCAUCGUCCACAACGAUCAAAUGGUUCUACCAGAUGGCGCCUCGCACUAGAACCGAUUACUUACAAAGCUAUUCCUUCCUCAUCUUGCAGUAACUCUGGUCCCAACGUCGCACACGGAGCCAGCAUCUUUCAUGAGCAAGUGGACAAUCUGAACCAAGAAGUUUCAUUCGUUUGUGAUUGGGCCACCGGAGGAUUGAUCACGUUUGAGAGUGCAGCGAUUGUCCAACAGAAGAUUGAAUACGCCAAGUUUUACAACAUGGGCGGAAUGGUCUUCUGGACAUUGCAUGGUGACAAAUUGGGAACCGACGAGAGUCUCAUUGCGCUUGCCCAGAAAGGAUUCGAUCAUUUGAAGCAGGAAAUUAAUCAUAUUAAGUUUCCCUUUAGCCGUUACGAGAAUAUCAAUGGUCGAAAUGGCGCAGCGGGUGUUGGUCUACUUGGACCCGGAACUGGCUUCGGAAGGAGUAUUAUGCAUGAGGUAGUGUACGAUGAUUCGAUCGUUCUGUGA